AUGUUGGUGCUAUUAACAUCUAUCUAUCUAUCUAUCUAUCUAUCUAUCUAUCUAUCUAUCUUAUUCUGUUCAAAUGUCUCUAUCUUAGUCUGUUUAAAUCUAUCUAUCUAUCUAUCUAUCUAUCUAUCUAUCUAUCUAUCUAUCUAUCUAUCUAUCUUAUUCUGUUCAAAUGUCUCUAUCUUAGUCUGUUUAAAUCUAUCUAUCUAUCUAUCUAUCUAUCUAUCUAUCUAUCUAUCUAUCUAUCUUAUUCUGUUCAAAUGUCUCUAUCUUAGUCUGUUUAAAUCUAUCUAUCUAUCUAUCUAUUUUAUUCUGUUCAAAUCUCUCUAUCUUAAUCUUGUUAACUCUAUAUCUAUCUAUCUAUCUAUCUAUCUAUCUAUCUAUCUAUCUAUCUAUCUAUCUAUCUUCAUUACUGAAAGUAUUCAAUAUUUCACUUGCUUUUUAUUUAUUUCAACUUUAAAGAAAUUUAUGUUUAUUCUACUGUUUCCGGCUUUCGUUCUUUUCUUUUUUUUUCUGUCUUUUUUAAUUUAUUACCUCCUUUUUCAUGCUUCUUCUUCUUCUUCCUUUUGCUUUUCUUUCUUUCUUUCUUUCUUUCUUUCUUUCUUUCUUUCUUUCUUUCUUUCCGCUUUACAUUUCUAUCAGCUUGAAUGGGCUUAA